ACGAAAGGAAAAAGGACACAAUCAAAUUACGAAGCUUUAUGUACGGCUCCAAUGGAAGAAGAGUAUUUUAGUGAUUCAAUGAAAACUAAGCUAUUGGCAUUCAAAGCUAAUAGGGCAAAGAUAAGAUAUGCUAAUACAUACAGGCUGGAGUCACAUAAUAAAUUUCGGGAUUAUUUAGUAAGAGACAAAGCUCAAGCGAUACUAACGAAUAAACUUCAACAAGCCAAAUACGAUGGAGUUUCUAGUCCUGCCUUGUGUGCUUCAAUCUCAGAAGAAAUAUUAAAGGCUGUGAAGGAAUUGGACUUUGACCGUUAUAAGUAUGUGGUAUCAGUGCUAAUUGUGGAAAAGGCAGGUCAGGCAAUAAAUGUUGCCAGCAGAUGGGUCUGGGAUGUUCAAAGAGACACUUGGGUUUCAGCUAAAUGUGAAACUGAAACGUUUAUUGCACUGGCUUUGGUAAUGGCUUGUUAUUAUGAUUAAUACUCUAAAAGCCACACCUGGUUUUGUGCAUCACAGUAUCUG